AGAUAUAUUAUAGAUAUAUCGUUUCGUAAGAAAGUAUAGCUUAAAUACAAGGGCUUGAAAUCAACCGUUUCGAGUUGAAAUAACCAAGCACAUACAGGUUAAAUCGUUAGAUUGCAAGAAUUUCACCCAAAAUGCUUGGAAAGUAUUACAUGACGAUAUUCUGCUUCGUGGUUCAAGUACAUUCACAACGGUGCAGAAACGCACUAUUAAAUACCGUAAGCGAGAUCGUAACAACCAGCAACAAAGUGACAUUCGACAAAACAACAAAUGAAUUAGAUUUACUUGUCACUGUCCAAUGGAACGCUACUAUACCGAGCGGUUUGGAGUUGGACGGCUAUCUGUUCCAUAUGGGAGAAAAUACGUUCCUAUCUUCGCUACCUCCGUACCAGCAUUGUAAUCCGCGAAAGACGGCCGCGUGGGUGAGAAGCGUGAACGACUCUGCGUGCGUUGCGCAUCCCCAUGCGUCAUGCGUCACGCGCAACGUAAGCACUGGUGUCGUGGAGUGCUUAUGCAAUAUUAGUACAUGUGCAUUGACAUUAAACGAACUUACAAGUCGUUGUACUGGGAUCAGGCAGUUCGUAUUGAACAGGAAUUUCAUAUCCGCGAGUUCGGCUACUCGAAGCCUAACGUUCAAAGUCGAAUUCAUGAAAAGUUACAAGUUCUCUCUUUUACCCUAUCACAGAGAAUCAGUGGCAUUCAGAUUUACAGGCCUUACCGAUAUAGAAGCAAUCACACAAUGUGUUGAACUUGUGCGUCGAGACUUACCAGAAUUAUCGCAGAUACAAGGGGAAGAACUUUGUUGCGGCGCUGGAAUCGCGCAGCGCGUUCCCCGUGACGUCACAGUGGGUCGAUUCACACCAACAAUACUCCAUGGUGACGUCAUAAACCUGAGUGUCGAAAUAUCAUGGAGACCGCCUGUGACGCAGCAAAAUUUAUUGGGGAUCGAGAUAUUUGUGUUUCCAGCUAAUUCGAUGUUGCAGCAACCAAACAAAACGGAUAUCGCUGAAUUCAACGUCGUAAGAAACGGUUCUUCAUGCGACGACAACAGCACAUUAACGUAUACGGUGAACGUUACCGGCCUUAUACUUGGGGAAGUAUACAAGGUUAGAGUUGAACCGCAGUACAGCAGCUCUGUGUGUACAAACCCACACUGUAUUGCAACUACAAGCUUCACACCAGAAGUCGACGUGUGUUCACCGGAGUGGAACAUUUGUGACGUAAAUGCUACGUGUUUAUCAAGUUCAACCAAUCAGAGUGCGACUUGCAAUUGUACUUUAGGGUUUGAGGGGAAUGGACUCAAUAACGGAUCAGGUAAACCCCUACUAAGCCUUUAUUACUGUAUAUGUAUUACACAUAUGAAAAAGUAAGGCGCCGUGCCUUUUGAGUGAGAUGCUACAGCGUGACACGCCAUGGGACCUAGUAUUUCGGCCAGAGUUGGCCCAUUACCACAAAAUUGAUAACUCACAAUGCUGAAAAUAUGCUACAAUUACGAUUGCGUUCUUGAAAUCCAAAUUCUAAUUGUUUCUAAU